AUGGCGGCGCGGGCGGGCUUCCAGGCGGUGACUCCCAGCGGCGGCGGCGGCGGGGCCGCCGCCGGGGCCGCCGCGCUGGGGCCGGGCGCGCCGGGCGGGCCGGUGCGCAUGGGCCCGGCCCCGGGACAGGGCCUGUACCGCUCGCCGCUGCCGGGGGCCGCCUACCCGCGCCCCGGGAUGCUCCCGGGCAGCCGGUUGACGCCGCAGGGCCCUUCCAUGGGGCCGCCGGGCUACGGCGGGAGCCCGGCGGUGCGGCCCGGGAUGGCGCAGGCCGGCCUGGACCAGGCCCGCAAGAGGCCGGCGCCGCAGCAGCUCCAGCAGGUGCAGCCGCAGGCCGUGCCCAACCGCAACCACAAUGCUAAGAAGAAGAAGAUGGCUGACAAAAUUCUACCUCAGAGGAUUCGUGAACUUGUACCCGAGUCUCAAGCCUAUAUGGACUUACUGGCCUUCGAAAGGAAAUUGGACCAGACGAUCAUGCGAAAACGCUUGGACAUCCAAGAGGCCUUGAAGCGACCCAUUAAGCAAAAACGAAAGCUACGUAUUUUUAUCUCCAAUACCUUCAAUCCAGCCAAGUCAGAUGCAGAGGAUGGUGAAGGAACAGUUGCCUCCUGGGAGCUUCGGGUGGAAGGAAGGCUGCUGGAAGACUCUGCUUUGUCUAAAUAUGAUGCCACCAAACAGAAAAGAAAGUUCUCAUCCUUCUUUAAAUCUCUGGUCAUUGAACUUGAUAAAGACCUGUAUGGCCCAGACAAUCACCUAGUAGAGUGGCACAGGACUGCUACGACUCAGGAGACAGAUGGUUUCCAGGUGAAAAGGCCGGGAGAUGUAAAUGUGCGCUGUACUGUCCUUCUGAUGCUCGAUUACCAGCCUCCCCAGUUCAAAUUGGAUCCCCGCUUGGCUCGUCUCCUAGGGAUUCACACUCAGACUCGUCCAGUGAUCAUCCAGGCAUUGUGGCAAUAUAUUAAGACCCACAAGCUCCAGGACCCCCAUGAGCGGGAAUAUGUCAUCUGUGACAAAUACCUCCAGCAGAUAUUUGAAUCUCAGCGAAUGAAGUUCUCUGAAAUCCCACAAAGACUUCACGCAUUGCUUAUGCCCCCAGAACCAAUCAUCAUUAACCAUGUGAUCAGUGUUGACCCAAAUGACCAGAAGAAAACAGCCUGCUACGACAUUGAUGUGGAGGUGGAUGAUACUUUGAAGACUCAGAUGAAUUCCUUCCUGCUCUCUACAGCCAGCCAACAGGAAAUUGCUGCUCUGGAUAACAAGAUCCAUGAAACAAUAGAAACAAUUAACCAGCUGAAAACCCAGCGAGAGUUCAUGUUGAGCUUUGCCCGAGACCCUCAGGGCUUCAUCAAUGACUGGCUACAGUCCCAGUGCCGGGAUUUGAAGACGAUGACUGAUGUUGUCGGGAAUCCCGAAGAGGAGCGUAGAGCUGAGUUCUACUUCCAGCCGUGGGCUCAGGAAGCUGUGUGCAGAUACUUCUACUCCAAGGUGCAGCAGAGGCGGCAGGAAUUGGAGCAGGCCCUGGGAAUCCGUAACACAUAGGCUGCUCCACUCCUCCCCAACCAGAAGGCAUCACAGCUACUUGUGGAGACAGAGCUGCAGAGUAUGCUGUUAAGGCUCACACAAACCCACUCCGGCACUGAGGCCUGCACCAUUAUCCAUCCUGGCAUUGUCCUUCUUGGGCAGCUCCAGGACACGUGGGGUCUUCUGGGGUGUGGCAAGCAGACAGGCUCCAAUGAGCACACACUUCUACCUGGUUUUCUUCCUGACUGUUGCCUUGUCAGUCCCAAGGCUUCUGAGAGCCUCCCCUUGACUCUGCACUGUCUGUAGUGUCCCCCGUAGCCAGUAUGACUGCUGACUUGAGCCUCUCUCAAGUUCAGAAACCACAGCUGUUUCCUCAACUAGCAUCUAGUUGUGGCGCACACGAGUCCUGGGUCUGGGAAGCCUGGAUCCGCUGUAGCGAUGGAGUUCUGUGACUAGUCUCUUCCCUGCUUAUAGCAAGGUGCCAGGAGAUGUAGUGGGCAGUAUGCCGUGAGCUGACAUACCUCCCUGCCCUCCCCUCCCUUGCUCAGAGGAUGCUGUUGCACUCGGCUGCCUCAUAGGUCGCUCUCCUCCUUGAGGAAGAGUUACUGAACUGUAUAGAGAAUUGUUUCUUCCCUUGUCCUUCCUCCUCCCCCUCUUUUUUUUUCCCUUGCUUCCUUCAUGUUCUUUGGCAGGCUGUCCUAGGCUGGCAUCGCAGGAGAGAUGAGGCAUUGGCUCAAGGCAGGGGUGUGGAAACAUUGGAGCAGUGAGAUUUCACUUCAAAAGACCUCCACUUGCGGUUCCAGCAAGCCAUCUGGCUGCUUGUUUUCCCUGUAGCAGGGAGAGGGGACGCAGCAACUGCCUGCUGGAACUGUGCAGGAGCGCAAUGAUGUAGGCCCAUUCCUUUGGGACAGUUAUCCUGUGUCAUUUGCUGUGGGGACCAGAGGUGCCUUCGUGUGGAUCUGAGGGUGUAACAGGACAGUCUUUGGGGAUGGACUCCAAGCAUAUGUGAGUUAGCAGAGGUGUCCAUGAUGACGCUCCCAUUUAGGCAGGGUUUUAGGUUCUGGGGCUGCCAUAAGGCCCUGCAUGGAUCAGGAAUGUACAAGUAGAUUUUCCUCUACCUUGGGGAGUAGCAGCCCCGAUGCCUCUUCAUGGAAUUAAUUAAUAGUGAAUUAAUUAGUGGUCAGGCAUAAGAGAAUGGUUUCUCUUCACCUGGAUCUCAGUAUUUCUGCUCGGGACUGAAAUGCAAAUGAACUCGAAAGUUGGUCAUAUUCUCUUGGAGAUGGUUGCAAAAUCAUGUUACUGACAAGCCCCCCUCAUACCUACGCCUGUCUUGGUGUGGUUGGGAAGCUUACUAUGAAUUUGGGAGCCUGGGUGGCCCUACUCCUUGUGUCUGUGUUACUACAUGUCUGUGAGUAAUAGACUCGACUUCCCUUCUCCUCCUCCCCCCCUAACCCCUUUAUGAAAUGGCUCCUCUGUGGUACUGGGGUGAAGGUCUUGGUGCUGAUGAAGCAGCCAGUGACUCCUCAGGGUAAUCACAUGUGAAGGAUGCUGAAUACUGCGUAGGCAAACAUAGCUGUUGCAGAGUAACUGCUUUUCUUAACUGAUUAUUAUGUUUUUUUCCAUGGACCAAAAUUUUUUUUGUACUGUAUCCUUGUAGACGUCACCCAGUUUUAAUAAAAGCCUCCUAUGAAGGAA